AUGAUAUCGAACAACGAUAAUCUAGUGUUCGAGCAGGUAACAGAUCCAGAAAUAAUUCGUUUUACGCAUUUGGCAAAUGCAUCAUCGUGGCAGCCUGAGUUCAUGAGCCGUGAGGAUUAUGCCAUUCGUGAACGGAUUUUAGGGAGCACCGACAUUUCAACUAAACACAAAGAUGUCGAAAUGCAAAAACGAUUUGCCGAAGCAAGCGAACACUUAGGUAUCAAGUAUUACGUUUUAAGAGACCUCAAUCUCCCAGCUUCUUCGAAGACAUCGCAAAUUGUUUCGAGUUGCGAGACUUUGAACCGCGUAGGCUGGAGUAUCACGCCACAUUCCCAGGGGGAAGCUGUGCCUGUCUUGACUGCGUGUAUCGGGGGUGUUUUCACGAUUCCUGAACAUCGAGGCAAGAAAUAUGCGGCUGAAAUGAUAACGAGGCUGAAUCAAUUCUUUGACGGCCUCUCAAGUACUGCCGGAAAUUCAGGCUUUUUAAAGAACAUUGUGAUCUUUCUGUACAGCGAAGUCGGCGAAUACUAUAGCAAGUUUGGCUACGUUUCACGUCCUGUACCUUUGCAUAGCGUGAAAAACUUGGAUGCAGUCCUCGAUUCGUACUGCGGUGGCUUGCAGGUUGGGCCUAAUGAUAGAGAUAUAGGGUUUGAUGGUUGUCGGGAACUUGAAGAAUUUGAAAAGCGCAGCUCUCUCAAGAGCUUGAAAGAGCAGCAUGCAAGAAACCCGGAUUCCUUCAAGUUUGCACUUGAGCCAUCUAAUGACAACUUCAAAUUGUUUCACGAAAGAUCACUGUAUCAAAAGAAAUUUCUUGAUCCUGGCAGUACCGCUCGAUUUGGUUAUGCUUUAGCCAAUGGCAGUCACAUCGUGUGGCACCUAAAUUACUGGCCCCACGAAAGAUCGCUUUAUAUAUUGAAGCUGCAGAUCAAUGAAGAUACAGAAAAUGCAGAAGACCAGGAGAAAGACUUGAAAAAACUUUUGGCGCAGGCCGUCCACGAGGCUAAGGAACACAAUGUCAAGUCUCUACAAUUUUGGGACACGGAGCUGGGACAACAAGAAUGGGCUAAACCAUUCCUAGGCUUCUUGCAACAGGCGGAGGAGCCCUCCAAUUUGUACCAAGAAAAUCCCUCCAGAAGUGCUAUAAGAAUAGCUAAUGUGGCCCCUGAAAAAAUCUUAUGGGUCAACAAUGCAAAAUUUUGCUGGUUUUAA